GACAACUUCAUUCACGACAGUCCGGUGGUGCUUUGGGAUAGAUGGCGCUUAUAUUACUGACACUAAUCUGAGAGUUCCUAGCCAGCACCUGCUGCCUGCUCUUGCGACAGCCUUAUUGACCGAGGCCCUUGAAUAGCCAGGUCCUGGACAACGCCGCAUCACACUUCCCGCAAUGUGAAGACCUGCUGCUUGCCUCUUUCUUUCUCUUCAGAACAUCCGUGCCGAUUGAUACAAUUCCGACCUGGUGAAUUUCCUAUCAGCUCUGUUUCACCGCUUCCCACGAAAGCUUCUACGAUACAGCCCAGUGCCAUCCACGAACACCUUCCACCUUUCUACGCUUUCGAACAGCUCCCUCGAGGCGAUUGGCUGUCUUGAGCCACAGGACAUAUUUUUCUCCCUUUUUCAACAUAUUUCACAACUUGCGGUCACUCCUAGUCCGUUCUUGCUGAUCGUGCAAGGCCCCUGCGGACGAGAUGUCUAUUGCUUCACUGGAGAAGGAUGGCCGGGGGGACCCUCGGUUUCCUGGCUGUUCAAACAUUCGAGACUUUGAAUUCAUUGGCAAGCUUGGAGAAGGAACUUUCGGUGAGGUCUACAAAGCGCGAUCAAAGAAGGACAACUCGACUGUGGCCUUGAAGAAAAUUCUCAUGCAUCAUGAGAAGGAAGGAUUCCCAAUUACAGCAAUCCGUGAGAUCAAACUCCUCAAGGCUCUUUCUCAUGUCAAUAUCUUGCAACUGAAGGAGAUGGCGGUUGAGCGGAACAAGGGCGAGGGCCGAAAGAAGCCCAGCAUGUACAUGGUCACCCCGUACAUGGAACAUGACCUAUCAGGCCUCUUGGAAAACCCUGCCGUCCACUUCACCGAGCCUCAGAUCAAGUGUUAUCUGUAUCAAUUGCUAGAAGGUUUGCGAUACUUGCACGCGAAUCAAAUUCUACACCGAGAUAUGAAAGCUGCCAAUCUAUUGAUCAGCAAUGGGGGCAUCCUCCAGAUUGCCGAUUUUGGCUUGGCUCGACCCUUCGAUGAGCCUCCUCCGCAAGCCGGAAAGGGCGGCGGCGAAGCGAAAAGGGAAUACACAGCCCUGGUUGUCACGCGAUGGUACCGUCCACCGGAGCUGCUCCUACAACUUCGUCGGUACACAUCAGCCAUUGACAUGUGGGGAGUUGGGUGUGUAUUCGGCGAGAUGUUCAAGGGAAAACCGAUUCUCUCCGGCAACAGUGAUUUGAAUCAAACUCAACUCAUCUUCUCCUUGGUAGGAACUCCUACCGAGGAGAAUAUGCCCGGAUGGAGCUCGCUUCCAGGAUGCGACGGCGUGAAGAGCUUUGGUCAUAAACCUGGCAAUCUCUCCCAGGUAUUUAAAGACCAAAGCCCCGUGGCCGUCUCGCUCCUGACGGAGCUUCUCAAGCUGGAUUGGCGCAAACGCAUCAAUGCCAUCGACGCCUUGAAACAUCCAUACUUCACCACACCACCCCUCCCCGCAAAACCCGGCGAGAUCCCCCAUUACCAAGAUUCCCACGAGCUGGACCGAAAGAAAUUCCGUGACCAGCGCGCCCCUCAGCCCCCAGCCCCGGCAAUGGGAUCCACCGAUCCCCCAUCCAAUGGAGGAUGGACCGGUCCCGGCUCUCGGCCAGAUUCCCGCAACAGCAAUAGUCGGAUCCCGGGAGCUGCCCGCGGAGGCCGACCCAACGGGCCCCCGGGUGUUCCCCACCGACGCGGGCCCUUCCCGCCUCAACGAGAGAGCGGGCUUCCUCCGCGACCGCCAUUGUCUACGGCUCCUCCGCCAUGGGAGGGAUCACAGAGCGGCAGAUCCGAUGGGCGAGAUGACCAGCGCCGAGAUCGGUUCAACCAGGGUCCCCCGGGGGUCGUCCUGGCGGUAGAAUCCCGCAGAGUAAUCACCAUCUCGACUCUUACGUGCCUAGCUACGGGGCGGAUCGUGGGCGAGAUUCUGGGCGAGAUCCUGGGGAUUACAAUUCUCAGUCUAAUCAAGAUUGGCGUGGGGGACAGCGACGGGAUUACCGCCGUGAACCGCCUCGGAGAAGAAGCCGGAGUCCUGGUUACAGAGACCGAGACCCAGCCCGAGGAUGAAGAAGAAGAUGUUCACACUGAGUAUUUUUUUUUCUUCCGCUACUUCCUCCUUCCACUUCUUUCUUCCUCUUCCUCUCUUCUUCCAUACCUCUUUACCCUAUCUACCACUCCAUCUUUUUUCUACUCCUCCUUUCUGAAGAUUCGACCGAGGAGUCGGUCUUCGUGAUGAUCCAUAGGGCCCGCGAUGAGACGAGAUAGUCAUACCCCGAGCUAGCAGAGCCCGAUGAGAUAAAUGUAUUUUACAAGUCUGGCCUGCAUAUUGUCAAGCCUUUGAAUCUCUAGAUCCUCAAUUAUUCAAAAUCAAAUCUGUUAAAUG